AUGUCGUACCUGCUGCCGCACCUGCACUCCGGAUGGGCGGUGGACCAGGCCAUCAUGGCCGAGAACGAGCGCCUCGUCAUGAUCCGCUUCGGCCACGAUUGGGAUGAGACCUGCAUGCAGAUGGACGAGGUGCUGGCAGGGGUGGCUGAGAAAAUAAAGAACUUCGCGGUAACCUACCUCGUUGACAUCACUGAGGUUCCCGACUUCAACACCCUGUACGAGCUCUAUGACCCAUCGACGGUGAUGUUCUUCUUCCGCAACAAGCACAUCAUGAUUGAUCUCGGGACGGGAAACAACAACAAGAUCAACUGGGCGAUGAAAGACAAGCAUGAUUUUGUUGACAUUGUAGAGACCGUCUACCGAGGAGCUCGUAAGGGUCGUGGUCUGGCGAUUGCUCCCAAGGAUUACUCCACCAAAUAUCGUUACUAA